GCGGGGCUUUCUGUACCAUACUGCUGGUUUAUAGGGACUUUUUGCUGAAGUUGAUCUCCAUCUCCUCCACCAUGCUGCUGUUGUUCCAGUGGUUUUGGCCAUUCCUCCUGCUAUAUCUGAGUGCCCAAAGUGUGGAGGCUCAGUUUCCACGGCCCUGUACCACACCAGAUGCUCUGCAGGCCCGGAUGUGUUGCCCCCUCUGGAACGGCUCUCCUUGUGGGUUUAGCUCAGGGAGAGGAGUGUGUGCACCCCAUCCUGCAAGAGACCUCCCAAAACCAGCGGACUUUAGAAUGAACUGGCCUCGUGUUUUCUAUGAUUCGGUGUGUACAUGCUGGGGAAACUACGAUGGAUUUGACUGUGGUCAAUGCCUACCGGGCUGGAAAGGACCCCAAUGUCUGCAAAAGCACCAUGUAGACAGGAAAGAGAUAACAGAUCUGACUGAUGAGGAGAGGGACACCUUCAUCUCCAGCCUACAUAAGGCAAAACAAAGUGUCAGCAGCCGAUACAUGAUCCUUACAAGCAAUGACACGACAGUGGACGGGAACUACGCAUUUCAAAAUGCAAGUGUCUAUGAUCUGUAUGUAUGGAUGCACUACUAUUCAGCUAAACCCUAUGCUGGUUCUGCAAACAAUGCUGCACACAAGGGCCCUGCUUUUGCCCUCUGGCAUCGAGUUUUUCUGCUCUUUAUUGAAAGAGAGAUCAGGGAGCUCACUGGGAAGCAAGAUUUCUAUGUCCCAUACUGGGACUGGACCAGAACCAACCACUGCAACAUCUGCACCAACAAGUACCUUGGGGGAGUUGGCAAAGACGGUCGUAUAGACAGCGCUUCCCUUUUCUCAGAGUGGAAGACCAUAUGUCCAUUUCAGGAAAGUCUUGCUAUAAUCUGCAUCCACACUAAUGCUUCUGAUCCUCCACAUCUGAUACGUAACCCUGGAAAGGAUCCUGUGUACAAAACACUGCCAACUGCAGAGGAUGUUGAAGAAAUAAUGAAAUCAUCAGUUUUUGACACCCCCCCAUUUGACCAUACAUCUAGGAACAGCUUCCGAAACAAGCUAGAAGGUUUUGAUAUCCCCAAAGACUCCCGACACCUGAACGCCUCCAUGCACAACCUGGUUCACAGAUACUUAAAUGGCACAAUGUCUCUGGUCCCUACUGCAGCCAACGACCCCAUAUUCAUGCUGCAUCACAGCUUCAUUGACAAGCUUUUCGAGAGGUGGUUGCUCAACCACAGUGACACGAUGUACCCAGAUAGUGACCUGGUCCAUCCAUCCCAGAGAGCGCGGGCCUACAUGGCUCCCUUCUUCCCCCUCCGGACCAACAACUAUUACUUGGGCAUGGACACACAGAGCCUGGGUUAUAGAUACGUGGAACACCUCCUCCGUCGCGCUGCAGCCGGGAACAGCAUUAGAAAGGCUGCAGGGGUUUUAGAGAAAUCUACAACCAGCGGGGUCCAGUGGCAGUGGCCUGUUCUGGGUGUGUUUGCAACUGUGAUGGUCUUUAUUGGUUUGGGAGUUGCAAUUAAAUACAAAGACAAAAUAAGGCGAAGGCGAAACACAGAGACAGAGGAGAAGCAGUCAGCGGUUGAUUACAGGGUCAACUCUCUGUAUGCUGCCUGGAUGACAGAGAGAAACAAGCACACUGACAACUCACCAUCAUUACCAGCUGACAUCACAUCUUGUGAGAACAUUUCACGAGACGCAACAAUCCAAUCUCCAAAUGAAGAGAGAGAAAAGAGUGUGGAUGCAACAGUGGAAGUACACCUUUAAACUCAGAAAGGUGGAGAAUGAAUCAGCUGAGGAGUGCAUGAGAAUCUUAAAUAUAGACCACCAAAAAAUGCAAGAUAAUUUAUUUCAGCGUAGACACAGAUUUGACUGGGCUCUGUGUUAUUUAAUCGCAUCUACUGAUUUAUUUUACUUAUUAUUGAUGCUAUAACUGAUGCAGUCUAAUACCACAGCCCUGCAAUAAACCCUACCUCUUUGAUAUUUAAAAAAAAAUGUUGAUUAAGCUUCAUGGUCAAUUUGGAUGUAGUUUGUGGUGCUAUUGGACAAAAUUAAGUUAUAUUAAGAGUGUUGAGUCUACCUUCACGAAUUUAGCUGUGAAUUUUAUUGAAAUACAUUUCACUUCAUGUUUUUGUGACA